AUGAGUUCCUUCGAUGCAGAGGAUGGCCACGAACAGCCGCCCAACAAUCAGCGCAGCGCAUCUCUUACCCUGCCGUGGAUGUUCAACCGUGUUUAUACUAACUACUCUCCCGAGUUUCAGAUUGACUCUAUUUCAGUGUCCCCUCCUAACAUUUCUAAUUCUCAAAUUUCAACAAAUUGGACUAUGGGAAUUAUGGUCACGAAUCCUAACAAACGAAGCCAUAUUGUUUAUGAUGGCCUUGAGGUAUCGCUAUUUUACGAGGCCGACCAGAAUCUUUGCUCUACCAGGAUUGCGCCUUUGCGUCAAGGACCCAAAAACACAACUACCUUGGCUGCUGAAUCACAAGCAUGUUUGCAGGAUCUCAAUGAUCACUUGUUUGCAGGUGUAACUGAAUCGGCUGCCAGAGCGAUCUCAAAGGAUUUGCGAGGAGGAAUCGGGGAUUUUAAUGUUAAGUUGCGGGUUCGACACCGACACGUUAAUCCAUUAUGGCCAGGUAAAAAUUGGAUUCAUAAGGAUUUUGAUUGCUUAAAUAUCAAGGUUUUGUUUGCAAGUGAUGGAACCAGUUCAAAGAUACUUGGGUGCAAGAACUGUUUUUAG